AUUUGAAAAAUGAAAAAACCGAAUUAUAUAAGCAAGUUAAAAAUAUUAAAAAUAUAAACAAAAACUUCUUAACAUAUAAUCAAGUUAAAUAUCAGACACAUCCACAAGCUAUUUAUACAAGUAGAUCUUUGAAUGCUAUUUAUACAAGUCGAUCUUUGAAUUUUUCAAAACUCCCUAAACCAG